AGAUUUUGCAGCGCGAGCGCAGGGAGUUAAAUCGGCACGCGCUCCCAGAGCCGUUAGGAGAGAGUGAGUCAGUGUGACACAGAGCGCUCGGAUUUCUCCCCCGGUGUUUACUAUUAUUAAUAAUAAAAAGAAUAAUAAUCAAUGGCUUUAAAACCACACCCUUAAACGAGCAGACGCCUGGUGCUAUAAAAUAAACUUGGACCAAUUCGGCCAAAGGGGGAAAAGACAGAGAGAAAGGGCUGCUCUGUCUCCCACUGUGACAACAGCGACCCUGACCCAGCGAGAGGAGACAGACACCACUGAGAACAUACUCUGAAGUCGCCAGGAUGGCUGGACUCUCAUCAGCAUGGAUGAGAGUGAUGGGGAUGCUAUUACUGUCCAGUUUGCAGGAUGUAAAUUGCACGAAAGAAAGUAUUCCCAGGGUCAAACUCGGCUAUAAAGAACUGCUUCACUCAGGCAGUCUGGUGCCGUUUGUGGGCUCCGGCGAAGGAAUGCUGUUUCAGACAUUCCUGCUAGAUGAGGAGAAGAGCAGACUGCUUCUAGGGGCCAAAGAUCACAUAUACCUGCUGGACCCCGACAACAUCAACAAGCACCCUAGAAAGCUGAGCUGGCCAGCUCCCAGAGACAGGGUGGAUAUGUGUAUCCUGGCUGGUAAAAACCCUCUCACGGAGUGUGCCAAUUUUGUUCGUGUUCUGCAUAAUUAUAACCGUACUCACAUCUAUACAUGUGGCACUGGAGCCUUUCAUCCUACAUGCGCUUUCCUGGAGGUCAGGGGCCACAAAGAGGUAAAGGGUGGCGGGCUUCACUUGAUCAGCAGCAGUAUGGAAUCAGGCAGGCUGAAAUGCCCUUUUGACCCUCAUCAGCCUUUUGCUUCAGUACUUACCGAUCAGUACCUGUAUGCUGGGACAGUGUCUGAUUUCCUGGGGAAGGACAGCAUGUUUAGUCGCUCUCUGGGUCCCCCUCCGGACCAGCACUACAUCCGGACAGACAUCUCAGAGGACUACUGGAUCAAUGAGGCCAGGUUUAUAGCUGCUCAUCCUAUAGCAGACACUUACAACCCUGAUGACGACAAAAUUUACUUUUUCUUCCGUGAGGCAUCCCGAGAAGGGAGCACCAUGGACAAAAGCGUGCUGUCCCGCGUAGCUCGCGUCUGUAAGAAUGAUGUAGGUGGUUUGAGAAGUCUGACCAACAAGUGGACAACGUUUCUCAAGGCCCGACUGGUGUGUUCCAUUCCAGGAACAGAUGGUGUGGAUACUCACUUUGACGAGCUCCAGGACAUCUUUAUGGUUCCAACUAGAGAUGAGAAAAAUCCCAAAGUGUAUGGAGUCUUCACUACUACUAGCUCUAUCUUUAAAGGAUCAGCAGUGUGUAUGUACAACAUGGAGGACAUUCGUGCUGUAUUUAAUGGGCCUUAUGCUCAUAAAGAGGGACCAGAUCACCGAUGGGUGGAAUAUGAGGGGAAAAUCCCCUACCCAAGGCCUGGCACGUGUCCGAGUCGCACAUAUGACCCCCGCAUUAAGACCACUAAAGAUUUUCCGGAUGAUGUCAUUAGCUUUAUUCGAAUGCACCCACUCAUGUACCACUCUGUGUACCCGAUCUCUGGUCGUCCCAUCUUCACAAGGAUCAACACAGAGUACCGGCUUACACAGAUCGCAGUAGACCGUGUCUCUGCUGAAGAUGGCCACUAUGCUGUCAUGUUCCUGGGCACAGAUGCUGGCUCAAUUUUAAAAGUGGUUAGCAUUACACAGGAAAACUGGGCUGCAGAAGAGGUGGUGUUAGAAGAAUUACAAGUGUUCAAGAACCCGUCUCCCAUCCUCAGCAUGGAAAUCUCUUCCAAACAGCAGCAGCUGUUUGUCGGAGGUGCAGACGGCCUGGUGCUGGUGUCUCUGCACAGGUGCCACAUUUACGGUCAGGGAUGUGCUGAAUGCUGCCUAGCCAGAGACCCAUACUGCGCCUGGGAUGGCUCCCACUGCUCACGAUACAUACCAGCAUCCAAGAGGACCAAACAUGUUAAAAUUUCUUACAGGAGGGCACGCAGACAGGACAUCAAACAUGGAGACCCAUCCAACCAUUGCUGGGACUCAGACGAUGUGUUGGGGAAUAAUGUAGAGGAGAAGGUGCUGUAUGGUGUUGAGAAUAAUUCCUCUUUCCUGGAGUGUCUGCCUAAAUCCCAGCAGGCGCAGAUCCGCUGGUUUAUUCAAAGGCCAGGAGCAGACCACCGCCAAGAGAUCAAAGAAGACGAGCGGGUGUUGGUAACAGAGCGAGGUUUGCUCAUCCGCUGGGUGCAGCGUAGUGACGCCGGCUUGUACGUGUGCACAGCUCAGGAGCUCAGUUUCACGCGCACUCUCCUCCAACUUUCUCUGAGAGUCCUGGAACGCAACCAGCUUCCCGGGCACCACCCAUCCACCGCCGGACCUCAGGAUCACUCUAUUCAGGACAUGACGUCCGAGUUACGGCACAGUUAUAAGGACUAUGUGCGUGCUAUGAGCGCACCGUCUCUGGAGGAGUACUGCGAAGUGCUGUGGCAUAAGGAAAAGAAGCAGAGGCAGAAAGCUAAAUGGAAGCAGGAACUCCGAAAGAACAGGAACCGACGGCACCACCAGGGGGCUGCCAUCUGAGUACACGGUACUCAGAUGUGCAGGUAGGAGAGGGAGGGCUAAAAAAUAGCAUUGAUCUGUGGAUCGAUGUCCAUGACCCAAAUGGAACCCAUUUCAUCUAUUUUAAGGGGUAAGACAGAUCAUUUGAAAACCAGCGUUCUGGUUGUCAACAUCUCUACCUGUCAUCAGGAUACAGAGAAGACACACAAAGUAUGAAUUUGCUUAAUCUACAGCAGCUAUGCAAGUAAAGAACAGGUCCUACUUGCAGACGUACAGCAGAAUAGUGCUGCUCAUGUAUUUAUUAAGUAAAUUUAGUACAAAUACAGGACACAGGAGGAUUCCCAUUCACAAGUCUUUAAUUGUAACCAGUAAUGAAAAUGCAUUCAUGUUGAAUGACUGUAAAUAUAUGUUUUGUACAGCAUAUUGUGCAUGCGGUAGAAUCAUUGACGUUUUAAUUGUUUUCAAAUUAUAAGUUUGGUGUUCACACAGCAGGUUUCUUAAAUGCAUCCAUAUUGCAAACGGGAUCAAGCUAAUUUGUAGACAGAACAGUACCACAAUAGGCAGUGUUCCUCAGUUUGAUCCUUAACUCACAGUCACUCCCUCUACUUUCAUUUGUUCCUCCUGUGUUCAUGUGGUUUUCCUCAGGUUUCUCUGGUUGCCUUCAAGAAACAUGCUGGUGGGUUGAUUGACUAUGUUAAAUUGCCCCUAGGUGUAUGCAUGUGUACUGGGGUGAACUGAAUGUAUUCCCACUUAAAAUUCCUGGGACAAGCUCUAGAUCUACCAUGUUCAGCUGAUUCGGGAUUCGGGGUAAAACACAUACUGAAGAUAAAGGAUGGAAAGAAACUUGAUUUUUCGAUCUGCUUACUCUGAUUCACAUAUGCAGGGUUUUAAUUCAGUUUGAAACUCCAUACAAAUGGAGUACAAAUAUUCAGACUUCAGACAAUAUUUCUAUAUAAACAACCAAACAAAACAAAACAAAAAAAUGAUUGAACUUGACUGCCUGACUGUCUGAACACAACCUAUAAUCAAAAACAAUAUAAAAAAAGGUUUGUUAGAAAAAAAAGUAAUAAAAUUCUGUAUAUUUCACUUGUGUCUUUUGUAGUUAGUUUGUUUAUGAUAUAUGAACUUAUUUAUAAUUACAACCCAUUUGGAAUAAACUCUUUCCUUUAAAGCUCUCUGA